UCAUCUAAUUAAAAAAAAAAAAAGUGUAAUUAAUCCAAAUCGACUCCAUCUUCAGCAAUUCAAAUCGACUUCCUAUAAGAAUUGAGACCCUAAUUUCAUUCCUUUCACCGCCAAAAAUCCCUAAUGAAGUGCAAAAGGUUUCUUUCAAUCUCAAUCCUUGGGGUGUUUCUGUUGAUUGGUUUUGUAUAUUACACAACGGUUUUCAUCUUUAUCGAGGAUUGGGUUGGGUUGCAGAGCUCUGCUGGCUCUUUGAACGUUAUAAUCUUCACUUUCCUUGUCUCUCUAUGCUUUUUCUCUUUCUUUGUGUGUGUUCUUACCGACCCAGGUCAUGUCCCGGAUUCUUAUGUUCCCGAUAUUGAAGAAAGUGGGGUUCCUGAUGAAGAACGCCGGAAAAAUGACCAUCACUGCAUUUGGAUAAAUAACUGUGUUGGUUAUUGGAACUAUAAGGCCUUCUUUACACUUGUCUUAUAUGCAACAAUAGGAAGCAUCUAUUCUACCGUAAUGAUUGUUGCUUGUUCAAUUCAAAAGGACUGGGAAUUCAGUGAAAGGGUCUCCUUCAAGAUAUUUUAUGUUACUUCUGGAGUUAUGAUGGUUGCCUUGAGCUUGACGCUUGGAACUCUUUUGGGUUGGCAUAUCUACCUCAUCAUCCACAAUAUGACAACAAUAGAGUAUUACGAAGGAGUAAGGGCGGCAUGGUUGGCAAGGAAAUCUGGGCAGAGCUAUCGGCAUCCAUUUGACCAUGGUGUUUACAAAAACAUUACCUUGGUUUUGGGGCCAAACAUGCUAAAAUGGUUAUGCCCCACAGCAUUAAGCCAUCUAAAGGAUGGACUUAACUUCCCUACUUCACGUGAUCGUUUAUAGACGUUUAGCAUCAUAUCGGAUUUCAGUAUACAUGGCACUUAUGCCUGCCAAUCAAUACACAAAGGAACGUGUAACCUACUGCUGUAGCUUUUCAUUGACCUUGGAAAAGUUUUCAACUUAAGUUGGGCAUAACAGAAAGUUCACUAACUUGCACAUUGAUGCUAGAUAUGUUUGUGAAACCAGGAGAACCCCUAUUCUUCUUUGUCAUGCUAGAUUCAAACCAAAGAUAUCUGUUGCAACUCUUGAUUCAUCAUAAGAAUUGUUCAUUUCAUAGUGUUAUCAAAUGAUCACUGUAGAUAUUUGGUUUAGGUAAAUCACCGAGCCCCAUGAUUAUGCCAAUCAAAUCCAGGUAAAAGAAGGUUUGUAAUUUUGAUGUCCGAAGAGAAUUCCUGUAUAUAUUUUUGGCGAAGUGCUUUGCUUUUGGCCUAAUAUUUUCCGCA